AUGAUUUAAUCAAGAGACCACUCGGAGUAAUAAAUCUCAAAUCAGGAAGAUGAUUCACAAGAUUUUGGCGAUCAUUAGGAGCAUGACGAUGAUCAAUAUUAAAAUGACAUGACAGAUAAUUAACAAGAGUCCCCAACUAGAGGAAGGAGAUCAGUAGCCCUCUUAAAUUCAGCCCAAGCAGUAAGUACUAUCAUUUUGACAUUAAUCAAUAGAUAAACCAAGGACGAAUUCCUGAGCAAGCCUUUCAAUCAGCUAAACCCACUGGAGAAGCUGAAAUACUCGCAGUACAUGUUCAAGCAAAAUUGGAAAGGGAUCUCAACUGAGUUCACUGGCAGACCUGGAACAUCCUAAUUGUGCAAUAGAAAGAGGUAGUUCUCUGAUCCUGCUUAACUGACCGAGGAAAACAUGAAAGCAGCAGCUUUCCUCAGAGUAUUGAGUAUUUUAGCUAGAAUCGAGCAAGACAUUCCAAUUACUCAGCAAGUCUAAAAUACAGUUGCUGGUGAUUUGAGAUAAAAUAAGAGUGCAUACAAUUUUUACUAAAACAAGAAACAGUAGCAAAUUAAUUAAUACAUUGUCGAUAAUCAAGAUAUUUGCAGAUACCUUAAUGAUGAGUUCAAACUGCAAAACUUUAAGACCUUUAGCACUAUUAAGAUGAGUUAACUUCUUAACGAUCUUCCACCUACACAGUCAUUUGGAAGGUCUCAUCACAUUGAGAACUCAGAAUUAUUGUAUAAGAUUUUAAGAGGUGACACCAAAUUAGUCAGAUCAAUGUUGGAAGCCAACGGUUUCUCCUACACUGAGAGUCAUGAAUGGAAUAUCCUCUGGUCCUCUUCUUCUUGCAAAGCUUAUCUCUAUGAGGGAAUUAAUGAGUACUAGAGAAUCAAUCAUUUUCCUUAGAGUUAUGAAGUUACCAGAAAAGAUAGGCUCUGUUUCAAUAUGGUUAAGAUGCAAGAAAAACAUGGAAGACAAAAUUAUGACAUCGUUCCUGAUACUUAUAUUUUGCCUUAGGAAUAUAAAGAGUUCUAGUAACACUUUAACUUGUUAGCUUAAAAGGAACCUAAGAAAAAUAUAUGGAUAGUCAAGCCUGCAAACUUAAGUAGAGGAAGAGGUAUUCAUUUGAUAGAUAGUUUGAGUGAUGUGUAAAUUGAUGAUGUAUCUGUAGUUUCCAGAUAUAUUACAAACCCCCUACUCAUUAAUGGCCAUAAAUUUGAUCUAAGAAUCUACGUACUCGUAACAAGCUACGAACCUCUUAAGAUCUAUGUAUUUAAAGAGGGCCUCGCAAGAUUUGCCUCUGAGACUUAUUCCUCCAAAAUUGAUAAAGAUAACAAGUUUAUGCACUUGACUAAUUACUCCAUUAAUAAAAAGAACGAUAAUUUCGUCUACAAUCAAAAUCACGAACAAGAUGAUGUAGGAUUUAAAUGGUCUCUAUCCGCUUUUUGCUCUCAUCUUGAGCAAGUAGGAAUUGAUAUGAGUCUGAUGUGGUCUCGAAUCUAUGAUCUCAUCAUUAAGGCUAUUUUAUCUGGAGAGCAUUAUGUAAAUGCUGCUCUUAAGAAAUACAAUUUGCACCGAAAUAACUGCUUCGAGGUCUUUGGAUAUGAUGUGAUCCUAGAUUCAGAACUUAAGCCAUGGCUUCUAGAAGUGAACCUCUCGCCAUCUCUGGCUUGUGAGAGUCCUCUCGAUCUAACAAUAAAGUCCAAUCUACUAGCUGACACUUUUAACAUGAUAGGAAUCAGUAAGUUUGACAGAAGAAAGGAAUCACUUAAUAAAAUCAAAAAUAGGGGUAACAAUGCUCCUAAGACUGUGAAUAACACUGCUAAUAAUGUAAUGAACUAGAAUCAAAAUGACAUCUUCUUAAACAGUUAGAAUAAUUUCAUCACUCCUUAAGUAGCUUAGCUUAUUGAGAGACUGAUACAAUAAGAGUCAGAGUUAGAGUCUUUAUCAGAGCCAUUAAACCAGGCUUGUCUGUUGAGAAGUAGAGAUAUUAUUUUCGAGGCAAUGUCAGAGUUUUCUAGGAAAGGAAAUUUUGUCAGAAUUUAUCCUUCUAGAAGUUCAAGCAUGUAUGACUAGUUCUUCUAAACAACUAGACCAAUAAAUAAGUUGUUGUACAAGGUUCUAUAUAGCGAUAAAGUUUUCAAGUUAGGAAAUUCAUUACCCCCUUAGAUCAUGUCUUAAUCAUCCAAAGUCUAUAAAGAAGACUCUCAGGCUCAAGUCAUUGAGCCUAAGGGCAGCAAGAGAACAGUAUACUCGAAUAAUGCGGCAUCUAAUUCCUAAAACAAAAAUGGUACUUAGACUUUAGAUAAUACUCAAAGCAAUCAACAUCUUCAUGACAGUGCUUACAACUCGUAAAAUGGAAGAAAUACUCCAAAGUCGAAUACUCAAUAAAUGUCAAAGUAGAGCACAGUUAACAGUUUGAGGCCAAUGAGUUCUUCUGUGGUAAAAUCCUCUCAUUUAAGAAAGAAGUCUAAUGACCAGUAAACAAUUUAACAGCAUCAUAGCACUAAUAACAUUAUGGGUAAUAACAGCUAGCUUGCAAAUAACAACUCAACCCAUAGCUAGAGCAAUUACUUAAGAUAGACCAAGUCACCCCAAACAGUCAAAACUCAUAGCUCUAAAAUUAAUAAUUUCCAUGAAACACAGUCAAAUAAUUCAUCAGUUAAUAAUGCUGAAAACUAUUCUCAGAGAAGUCACCAAACUAACAAUACUCAGAAGUCUACUAUUACAAACAGCAAGAAUCAUGAUAGUAAAGACUAAAAACCUCAAGAAAAGAUUAUUAUAACUGGAGAUGAUAUUUUGAUAGAGUAUGUUUCCAGAGUCGUUUACGUCAUCAAGAAUGCUGAAGCUCAGAGUCUAGACUAGCCUGACUACUUCGAAUUGGUUGAAGAAUCAAUUAGAAGAUUUGCCGACCACCAUGUCUGGAAUUAAAAGGAUCAGGAAAAACCGUUAUCUGAUAGUCUUUUAUGGUAAUAAAUGGAUAGUAGAAUGAACGAGAUGCUAGACAGACGUAGAAGAUUAAUUAAGUAUACACUCAAAAAAGAAGGUAAAUUGAUCACUGGUACAUAAAACGAGUUCGAUUACUUAUAUAAAGAAGUCAUUGAUAGAAAGAACACCGUUGUAUAGAGAUUUUCAAGCAGUUAACUAGAAGACUUAUUAAAGACCUCAACCAAGAAUGUUGCAUAGGAAGUAGUAAGUUGCAUGAUCCCAGUUUCAGAGGAGCAUGGACUUAAAGGCUUGCUGCAUGAAGUUGAAAAGAUUUACCCUUAACUAGCAAAGUAGAGAAAAGAUAUGAUUAAACAAGCUAGAAGUGAGAAGAAUGAAAAUAGAGAGAGUGAAGGCCCUAAAAUUGAUAGGAGUAAACCAAACUAACUCAGCAGAGUUCAAAGUCCAAAUAGAAACACAAAGCCAGUCAGUUCAUAAUCCUAUGGGCUAACAAAUGGAAUAACAUCGAGUUAGAAGAGAACUAUGUCAAGACAGAAUGAAAGGUAUACUGGUCCUUCUGAAAGUUUCAACAAUAACUCAGCUGUCUCAAGCUAUAGAACUCCUCUCUCAUCAGGUACUCAUGUCAAUAAGACAUUUUCAAAGGGUAGAAACGAUUAAGGGACUGCAUUAUCAUCAUAGACUUCAGCCAGCAAGAAUCAGAAUCACCAGCCUCUAUCUGCUAAAAACUAAGUUCAGCCAGAAGCAGGGAGCAAACAAGUAUUUAGAUAGGUUUAUGGGUCAUAAAACCAAUAACAACUCUUUUCCAACAGAGAACAAAGUCAAACAGCUCAAUCCACUCGCAUUAUGGGAAGAUGA